GUCUAUCCAAGGUUGUGGGCUGGACUAACUGAAACUGAGGGGUUUUGUGUCUGUUUUUGGUAUGUAGCCAUCUAUAGGACAUGCCUUUUUCUCUUUCAACCACAAUGUUCAUGUACCCAGCUGGCUGGAACGAGGGAUUCUUUUCAUGUUAAAAGUGUUCCUUUCGGGGAUUUGAAAUGCAUUCCAGCCACUGUGAUUCCAGGGGAGGGAAUGUCCCAGUGUGUGAGAUUGAUUCUCACUUGCUUUCAAAAUUAAAGCAGCCAUCUCAUCCUGUUAGGAAGAAUUUGUGAGGCACGCUCCUGCUUGGCCAAUUCCAGGCUUUUUUCAUUCAUGGCCCGUGUCUGUGGUGGUGCAAUAAAAGCUGGAGUCCAUCUGAAAGAAUAUCCCAAGGUGAACGGUGAAUUAUUCAUGUUGAGUAACAUGUUCAGCCCUGUUGGCAGUGUGCCCACUGGUAAUUGGGACAACACUGUUCUCUGUCUAUUUUGUGCUGGUUCCUGCUUGUUGCUAUGCUACCAAAGAGAAACAUGAGUGAGAGCCGAGGCUGUUUGGUAUGGAGGUUUGAGAGACAUGCAUUCCUACUGCCUGACAGGCUGGGCUGGAGAGAGAGAGAGAGGUCCUCCAUUUACUUUCCACAGUGGGCGGAACCUUCCUAAAUACCUCAUCCAUUGAGGUGGGCUAAAAUGAGUAUAACCAGUGACGAAGUGAACUUCUUGGUCUACAGAUAUCUCCAAGAAUCAGGUUUCUCCCACUCGGCUUUCACCUUUGGCAUCGAGAGCCACAUCAGCCAGUCCAACAUCAAUGGAACACUAGUGCCCCCUGCUGCUCUGAUCUCCAUCCUGCAGAAGGGCCUCCAGUAUGUGGAGGCAGAGAUCAGCAUCAAUGAGGAUGGUACGGUGUUUGACGGGCGGCCCAUCGAGUCGUUGUCGCUUAUCGACGCGGUGAUGCCAGACGUAGUGCAGACGCGGCAACAGGCUUUCCGCGACAAACUGGCCCAGCAACAGGCCUGCGGUAUGGCCGCCAGCGCCUCGGGUCACCAGGGCAACACACCAAAGAACGGAGAGGCUAUGCUGAAUGGAGACGAGAACGGCACUCACAACAUGAAUAACCACAGUGAGCAGAUGGAGAUGGAUGUGGAUGUGGAGAUCCCAGCCAGCAAGGCCACAGUCCUGCGAGGCCAUGAGUCCGAGGUGUUCAUCUGUGCCUGGAACCCAGUCAGCGACCUGCUGGCUUCAGGUUCUGGGGACUCGACAGCCAGGAUCUGGAACCUGAAUGAGAACAGUAACUCGAGCUCCACCCAACUGGUGCUGCGCCACUGCAUCCGAGAGGGAGGCCAAGACGUCCCCAGCAACAAAGACGUCACCUCACUGGACUGGAAUAGCGAAGGGACUCUUCUAGCAACAGGGUCCUAUGAUGGAUUUGCAAGGAUAUGGACGAAGGACGGUAAUCUGGCGAGCACUUUGGGGCAACACAAAGGGCCCAUAUUUGCACUGAAGUGGAAUAAGAAGGGGAACUCCAUCCUCAGUGCUGGUGUAGAUAAGACGACAAUCAUUUGGGAUGCACACACAGGAGAGGCCAAGCAGCAGUUUCCUUUCCACUCAGCCCCAGCCCUGGACGUGGACUGGCAGAACAACUCCACCUUUGCCUCCUGCAGCACGGACAUGUGCAUCCAUGUGUGUCGGCUGGGCAGCGACCGCCCUCUCAAGACCUUCCAGGGACACACGAAUGAAGUUAACGCGAUUAAGUGGGAUCCAUCAGGAAUGCUGCUGGCCUCCUGCUCUGAUGACAUGACUUUAAAGAUCUGGAGUAUGAAGCAAGAUAUGUGUGUCCAUGACCUCCAAGCUCACAGCAAAGAAAUAUACACAAUCAAGUGGAGCCCGACAGGCCCUGGAACCAGCAACCCCAACUCCAACAUCAUGCUCGCUAGCGCCUCCUUUGACUCCACAGUGCGCCUGUGGGACGUGGAGCGUGGCGUGUGCAUCCACACGCUGACCAAACACCAGGAGCCCGUCUACAGCGUGGCCUUCAGCCCUGACGGGCGCCACCUGGCCAGCGGCUCCUUCGACAAGUGUGUCCACAUCUGGAACACCGUGACGGGGGCCUUGGUGCACAGCUACAGGGGGACGGGCGGCAUAUUCGAGGUCUGCUGGAACAGCACUGGAGACAAAGUGGGUGCCAGCGCCUCCGAUGGAUCGGUAUGUGUUCUUGAUCUCCGAAAAUAGCAUCCUAGCAGUGACUUUGAAGACGGACCAUGGAUUGUGCAGUGAAAGGCCAUCUGACAUCAGCAGACACACUCUCCAGCAGGACUGGCAGUGUUGACAACGUCCUCAGUGGAACCACACUUCAGGAGUGUGAAAACCUUUUAGAAAACCAAAACCUCCUAAACUUCUCACGUCCCAUGGACGUGUUCUCCAGUGGGAGACCACAAAGGGAUUCUGCUGGGAGAAUCCACUGGGCUGGGCUGAAGCCAGUCCACCUGAUUUGACCCUCUGUCUGAGGAGAUGAUGUAACAUCCUGUCGUUCUCCUGGCCUGUGGUCUAGCUGCUCACUGGCUGAGGUUCUGAAACCUCCAGAAAGAAGGUGUGCACAGGAGGAGGUGUGAAAACAGACAAAUCAGUGUUGAUGUGUGCUUGCCGAUGAAUCGUGAAAAGAAAGAUUUUGAGAACUUCUCUGCGCAAAUGUUACUCCAUGAUUUGAGUAAGAAGAGGAA